CGCCCUCGUUUCUCGUCCCGCUCCCUUUCUGACCUCACUUACACCACCACCAAGAACAACAAUAACAACACCACCAUCGUGACAACAGUCUCCUGAGUUGAACAAAAACGCCUUCAUUUUAGUUAUAAGUUCAGUCAACAAACAGGAUAAUAGUUGUUCUCGACCUUCGUUUAUACUUUGAUCUCAUUGCUCGCCUCACUGGCUAUUCGGCGUCAUCAUACACAUCCAAGCUUGGGAUCUUAGUCUAAAACGAAUUACAACACAAAACAACAACGAACAACACUAAAAGGGACAACCAACCAACUUUUUCGGCCUGAGUUCGUCGCUCCGGACUUGGUUGCCUACCCUUCUAAUCCUACAUUCAACAUCGGCUAUGCCAUCAUAUAGACAACACAUCGACCACGAAGACUUCGCCAUGAUGUACCCAGAUCCACCCCAUGGCGCUUUUUCUGCCGCGUCUAACAGCAUGGACCAUCUCAACCUGUCACCAGAGUCCUACUACCCAAGGCAACAACAGCAGGACUUCCAUCCUACCAUGAACUUCGACGCUCAUGCCCUUUACGCCGACGUUGCCGGUGUUCAGUCCUAUGGUAACAACCCUGGCCUCUCUCCCAGCAUUUAUGCCGAUGAUGCUUGUGCCCCGGGUCUCCAUAAUAUGCACUCAGCUCCUCCGUCGGUCGACUCUGCACCCUCUUCUGCAGUUGGAUCGCCCCGAUCUGCUCAUGGACAACCGCAAAACGUACCAGAAUGGCCUUCCCACGGCAACCUCAUGCCUGGAAUCGUGGGCCACGGCGACUUCUACUCAACUCCAGAGUACACGUACUCGACAGGCGCUACGCAGGCGAUGGAUGACUUUUCCGCUUUCGAGUACGCCCAACAACCACAUACCAAGCCUGGAUUUGUGGACCCAACACUCAUCCACCCUGGAAUGCAAAACUUCGAAUCAUCAUACCCGCCGCCGCCAUCAUCGGGGUACCCAACAUCACCUGGCCUGACUACUGGCUCUCCUCAACACCGGAACGGCAGCAUCUCACCACUGCCUUAUCUGCCUAACAGCAACUACCACCACCAGCAACAGCAUUUCGGCCAGUUCCCUGCCGGCUUGGAUACGCGCCGCCAGAGUAUCCACUCCUUUGUCUCCAACUACUCGGCUGCAGCAGAGCCACAGUUCAGCGGCGAUGAGGCCGCCAAGGAGAAGCAGCGCUGCCCCCAUCCAGAAUGCGGCAAGAUUUUCAAGGAUCUCAAGGCGCACAUGCUCACCCACCAGACGGAGCGUCCUGAAAAGUGCCCCAUUCAAACAUGCGACUAUCACGUCAAGGGCUUCGCACGCAAAUACGACAAGAACCGCCACACCCUGACUCACUACAAGGGAACCAUGGUCUGUGGUUUCUGCCCUGGAUCAGGAUCGGCGGCGGAGAAGUCGUUUAACCGCGCCGAUGUCUUCAAGAGGCACCUGACGGCCGUGCACGGCGUCGAGCAGACGCCUCCCAACAGCCGCAAGAAGUCUGGCUCAGGCGCAGCGGCCAAGAAGCUGUCUAGCUACGCUCCCGACGCAACCGGCAAGUGCAGCACCUGUUCGGGUACCUUCAACAACGCCCAGGAGUUCUACGAGCAUCUGGACGACUGUGUGCUGCGCAUUGUGCAGCAGGAGGACCCGGCCGAGGCGAUCAACGCCAAGAGGCUGGCUGAGGUGGCCGACGACAAAGAGGUUCACCAGACGUUGGAGAAGAACAACCUGCCGACGGCGACCAUGACGACGUCGAUGGAGAACGAGGAUGAGGACGAAGACAUGAUGGACGACGAGGACCUCCCCUCACCGGGCGCAUCAAACAAGCGUUCAAAGGCCUCGCGAGGCAUGACGAGCUCGCGCAUCGGCAUCACUCCCCUUCAGGCCAAGCGCCGCAAGGGCCGCCGCGACUACCCAACAUCGUGGGGCUUCGACAAGGGGCAGAUGAACCUGAAGAAGAGGACCAUCACAGCUUUUGACGGCCCGCGACGCCUGAACAAGGACGAAUUCUGGGUCCCCACCGACAAGGAGGUCAGGAUCAACCUGCUCGACGGCAAGUCAUAUGUCACCGACGUCGACGUGCGGACCCUGGAGCGCGCAAACGGCUUCCUCAACGCCACCGAAGCCGAGAAGGGACACUGGGACAGUGAGAACCCCUCAACUGAGCAGAUGAUGCUCAGGGGACUAUGAUGAGCGAGCUUUGAAAGAAGAAGAAAAAAAAAAUCUUUUCUUGGUUCUUGUUUUUAGGUUUUGCCUCGGCGCAACCACCCCUACUCACACUUGAGGGUUUUG